ACAGUAAUUACUGAGGGAAGGCAUGAUGAUAAGACUUCCUUCCCCUUCUAUUAUUGCAUGUCCUACUGUCCUGUCCGGUCCAUGUUUGAACUGUACCCAUCGAAAAAUGUAGAUAUCCGUAUUCCCUCGGAUUGUUCUCCACGUAGUCACUCGACUGCCGGUCACAGCAUAAGGAUGACUCGGACAGAAUGAAAUAAUUAUGACUGAAAUGAUUACAGCAUCGCCAUUUGGACUGGCAAGUUCCCUAUUGUGUGGCAUUGUCCUAUUGAAAGCGAAGCCCCCAAGUGAAACUGUCGAAGACUUUAUACACUCCUUAAGGCACUGCAUUCGCUGUAGAGAGGCCCAAAGCGAGGGGUCCGCGGGCGGUUUUGACAACGCCUCUUACUGGAAGUCCCGUUUUCUUCGGUCUCAGAGAGAUUCUGAGAGGCUACAAGCCCGUCUGAGCAAGGCAGAAUUGAUCCUCCGGCAGCUUGAAACUGAACCGGAAGCCAAUGGCAGCGUUCUAAAUGACGAAUUGGCAAAGAAAGACACUCUUGGAAUGGCCAAUCUCGUGAAAGUCUAUGGAAACACAUAUCGUUCGAAAUCGAGACAAUCCAAAUCCACGAGUCGUAGGUCCCCAAAUGGAGGCUUGGUCCUCGAAUCAAUGUCUCAAGGUUCUGAUAUCCUCCAACACGUGCAUAAGAUUCUUUCUAUCAUCAAGUCUCAACCAGUUCAGCCUGGACUGCUCGCGUUUCACUGCUCGUUCGCCAUCUCCGCACUUUCAUCCCUUGUGUCAAAUUCUUUCGACGACGUUCAUACAGGCGCGACUACCACUGAAUCUUCGGUGCGAUCAAGGAUAUCUAGUCUAUGCCUCGGAUUCGAGCGCAUCCUCUCAGUUCUAACCAGCGCGCUCACGAAACUAGAUGUCCCCGAUAGAUCGGGUACAUUCGGCUCGACUAUAUACUGUUCUGUCUCAUGUUUUACCGAUCUUCUCAAGUAUCUCAAGCAGACAUGCUCGGACGCAGCAGUACGAAUGCAUAACAACGAGACAAUGGUGAUAGGCGGCGCCAAACCAAAUUCUAAUCCACCAGUGAAGAAGCAGAAGACUAGGCCAAACACUAUAUCGGCGGAAUUCACAACGUACUUGCUCAUAGCUUGGUUACGGAUGUUAUCAGAUUCAAGCGCUGCCCAUCGCAAACUGUUCGAAAGUAUGGCAGCCUGCGUAUUGAAUGCAGUGGGUAAUGAGCUAUACACGUCCACGUUUGCAGCUACUCGUGCGACCACCAUUACGAAGGAGACGAGGAAUCUCGAACGUCGCCUUGAUCCUUUAGCCCUCGAUAUCUACUCUCACUAUCUUCUCCAGACUUUCCACGUGGUCAUGGACUUGUCUGCCCGGUUCCUCAACGCAGACGAUUCAGGGGAGGACGCCGAAUCCUGUGCUGGAAGACCUGCAGCGGGCCUCGGCGUCGAUUUCGAGGAAAGACUCCAGCAAACUCUGAUCUACGGGAUCUUUGGGGCUCCGGGGGCAAGGAAUGCGCAAGCGGUGCCGUUACAGGUUCAAAAGCAAUCAUUGGUCUCAUACACGCCUGUACAGGAAGGUGAAGAAAGCCAUGCUCCGCUGGUGAGGUUAGAGUCGGAAGUGUGGCAACGACUGGGUUGGAAGAUACUUCAGGGCGAGAUGAAGAUGGACAAUAUGGCGGAGGCGAAGUUAGGCUAA